AUUAUCCCUACUUCCUCCUUGGGGGGAACUUGCCUGAGGGAAACGCGCCAACAGGGACAACGCUCUUCUUUGAGAAAUUAAACCUCUUCCUAACGAAAAGUUUAUUCUGUUGCAACAAAUGUCCUUGAGCUUACGAAGAUGUCCCAGUUUACGAGUAAACAAAUAAACGAACAAAACGGAGAGGAGAGCUGCUGGAUCCAACACGGAACAGCCCCCGGGAUGCGCGGGGGCAUUGCGGGGGCGGUAGAGGAGAGGGAUGCUCCGGGAUCCCUGCCCGCCGCUGCUCCCCGCUCCUGGGCGGGCGGGCGAGCAGCCAGGGCACAUCCCCGCGUCCAGCGCCGGCUCCUGCGCUCGGAGCUCGGAGACGCCUCCCCGGACACGUUAAAAGUUUGGGGCGGCUCCGGGCUGAGCGGAGCCGGAGCACGUCCGGCUGCUGCGGGAGCUCGGCGGGCGCGGAGCCCCCGGCCCGCGGGCACCGCCCCGCGCCGCCGCCGCGCGAAGAUGGCGAGCCGCAGCCUGCGCCUGCUGCUGCUCCUCGGCCUGGGGGUCCUGAGCUAUCCUGAUGCAUCUGGAAUCUCCAUUGAAACAGAUAUCAAAAAUGUAAAAGCAGAGGAGUUUAAGGAGGCUAUUCUUAGUUGCAAACACAAAUUUUCGAAAGGGAUGAGCUUAAGAAUAGAGUGGAAGAAAAUCCAACCUGGAGUCUCAUUUGUCUACUACAAUAACGAAUUUACAGGUGAUCUUCGAGGCCGAGCAGAGAUGCUGAAUACAGGAAUCCGAAUUAGGAAUGUGACAAGAAGGGAUUCUGGGACCUACCGCUGUGAAAUCAGUGCUAAGAGUGAAGAAAAGCAGCACCUGGGAGAGGCCACUAUUACUCUCACAGUAUUGGUUGCUCCAACUACUCCAGUGUGUGAGGUGCCCAGCUCUGCCAUGACAGGAACGGUGGUGCAGAUGAGCUGUAAGGAAACUGAGGGCUCCCCUCCAUCUGAGUACCAGUGGUACAAGAAUGGUGUUGCCUUGCUGGAGAAGACAGGAACAGGCAGUGCUAGAGCAGCAAACUUAACUUACACCAUGAAUAAAAAGUCUGGCACUCUGCUGUUUAAUACAGUUACAAAGAAUGACACUGGAGAGUAUUUCUGUGAAGCCUCCAAUGGGAUUGGAUUAUCUCAGAAAUGCUCAGUGAAGCGAAUGCAAGUUGAUGACCUUAAUGUAAGCGGUAUCAUUGUGGCUGUAGUGUUUGUGGCUCUGGUGAUGGUGCUGUGUGGCCUUGGAGUAUUCUAUGCCCAAAAGAAGGGAUACUUUGCAAAGGAAAGCUCUUCCCAAAAGAAAACGAACUAUCAAUCUACAAGUGAAAAGGAUUUCAAGCAUACCAAGUCCUUUGUUAUUUAGAAGAUUUCAGCCUCUGUGAGGGACAUCAAAUGACUACUUGUUAUACAAAAGUACCAGUGUCCUGGUUUCAGCUGGGAUCAUUUUCUUCAUUGUAGCUGUGUUUUGGAUUUAAUAUGAGAAUAAAGUUGAUAACACACUGAUGUUUUAGUUGCUGCUGAGUAGUGCUUACUCCAAGUCAAGGAGUCCUCAGAUUCCCAUGGUCUUCCAGUGAGGAGGUGCAAAAGAAGCAGGAACAGAGCACAGCUGGGACAGUUGAUCUGAGCCAUCCAAAGGGAUAUGCAUAGAAUCACAGAAUCAUAGAAUAAAGUGAGUUGGAAGAGACCCAUCAGGAUGAUGAAGUCCAGCUCCUGGCCCUACACAGGACAUCCCAAAAAUCACACCAUGUGCCUGAGAACUUUGGAACUCAAACAGGUUUGGUGCUUGGUGACCACCUCCACAACAGAACAUCAUGCCCAGUAUUUAAACUGGGGAAGUUGGCCAGGAGGAGUCAACUGCUGCUGGGGAACAGGCUGGGCAUUGGUCAGUGGGUGGUAAGAAACUGUUGUGCAUCACUUGUCUUUCUUGAGCUUUACUCCUCUCUUUUUCACUCUCUCUCUAUUGUUGUUAUUAUUAUCAUUAGUUUUAUUAGUAUCUUAUUUUAUUUUGUUUCAGUUAUUAAAUGUUGUUCUCUCAGCCUACCGGUUUUACUUUUCUUUCCCAGCUCUCCCACUGGGCUGGGGUGGGAACAGUGAGCAAGCAGCCACACAGGGAUGAGCUGCUGGCAGUCCUUUUUGGCACCCAACAUGGGACUCAAAAGGUUGAGAUAAAAACAGGUCUGACUAGAGCAUGUUAAAAUAGGUUUGUUAUAAGCCUUCAUUGUAUUGGUUUAAUAGUUGCUGGUUACUGAUUCCUUUGCUCCAGGCCUGGGCUGAGGUUAUCACUGUGGUGUUCUGUGUUGUACUGCCUUGUGAUACGAUAGAACAGCUGGUCAUGGGCCUGCCUGGUGUGUGUCCCCGCCGUCCUUUGGGAGCCAUCUGGUGGAAACUAUCCACAGUUACAUCCACUGCCUUUCACCCUCAGAGAGCCAACCCAUGGGAAAAAACACCUUCCUCCCCCUCCAGGAUGAUUACAGUAGCAUUUGAGAAUUUUCAAGACUUUGCAUAUCCUGAAACUACUCUUGAAACCAACCUGGUCCUUUUGGUAACAAUCAGUGUGUUGUUGCAUAUGGUUCAGACCUUCCUUAGGGUUAAGAAACAAUCUGUGUCUACCAAAACCCCACCAACACAUACUGUGCCUACACAAACCUCAGUGACAGGCCAACAAGUGGCAACCACUCAAUCCUUAUUCCUGAGAGAGCUGCAGGACAUACAUAAAUAUUCCAGCUGUUGUCCUGAUGACUGUACUACCACCUGGCUGCUCCAGUGCUGGGUAAUGGGGCUAAUGGAUUGGAAUCAGAAGGUAGGAAUCACUUUCUAAGAAAGCAGGCAUUGACAAGGUGAUUGCAAGAGAGACACAAGUCCUCAGCCUCUGAAGUGACUCCUGCCAAGCCUGAAGGAAAGGGAUCCUUCCAACAAGAAUGGUGUUACAUGUCACCAUGCAAGUGGAAAGUUAUCCAAUACUUGAGGGAAUUAGCUGUGCUAGGGAUUAUUUAUUUUGCCCUACCUGGACAAUACAAGGUUCCCCACACAUCCAGACCAAUUCCUCUGCACAUGACCCAUGUGGCAGAAGUUUGUAGAGUGUACCAAGGGUACACACCAACUCACUGGCAACGUUAAUCUGGAAGGACAUCACACCACCAUCUGUGGAUGCAGUGGCUUGCAGUCUCUGGAAAUUUGAAGACAGCCUCUCUACUUCUCUCAUCUGCGGAGAAACUAUCAGAUAAACUGUCCAAGGAGUUUCAGCAGUUCAAAGAGGAUAUGUUCUAUUCUCCAUUUCUACAGAUCCAUGCUAAUGACAGUGUUGGCUCAAGAGGGAGGAUGUGGAAGGUAACACACCAUGGGAUACCCUACGGGUUUAGCUGAGAGACCAGAAUUGACCUUGACCAAGAAUCUACCUUGACCCUAGAGACAUGGGUAUAUGAAUUGUAAAGAAAACAAUCCCAAAUGGGGGUUCUUCCAGGAAAGCUGCUAGUCCUGUCUCCAGUGGAUGGUUUCCCCGGCAGAGUGGAAGGACUGAAUUUACUCCUGAUCCUAUGGAAAGAAAUUCUAAUCCAUUUCUUCAAAAAGUAAGCUCUCUAAGAUGUUGUGAAUUAGUCUGAUUGUAAGCCCUCUUUAUCAAGUGACUCAGAAGAAUGAUUUCACAUGGGGCCCUGAGCAACACCAAGCCUUUGAACAGAUUAAACUAGAAAUACUUGGAAAACACUGACAGACACUUGGGCCAAAGAACAUGGCAUUUAGUGGAUAUACAGUAUCAUGUACCAGCUGAGAGAAAUGAUCCAGCGGACUGUUAGACUGCACUGAGCGCAAUGGGCAGGGAGAACCUUCAAACAUUGGGAUGCACAUUGGGAAAGGCCACCUUGUGAAUCAGCAUUAGAUCUGCCAAGUGGGCUGGCCCUGCCCAAUCAAAAUUUUUACUGGAGAAGGGGAUUAAGUUCCUGUAGUGCACAUGAAAAAAGUGCUAUGGAAGACAGUCUGGGUUAUUCCUGCCUUGGGCAAAGACAAACUCAUCUGUGGGAUUGUUUCUUCUCAAGGAUCUGGGAACACAUGGUAAAGAUGGGAGGGUGGGGGAGUGGUUUGUGAAUUAAGUGGAUUUGAUUGAAUAAGCAGUGCAUUGUGUGAUGUUAAUUGCUGUAUAACAGUAUGUAUUAGCACUUGUGUCAGCUGUGUGCCCACCACUGCACCGGGCACCUCACGGUGCCUGUCUCCACCCCUCCAACUCUGGGGAUCUGAACCCAAUUCUCCUUCAACUGCCACAUUAAGAAAGAACUUUGAUGUAACUGGACAAGCAGAGCAGUGAUGGAAUCAGAACUGGCUUCAACAUGCAACAGUCCAACACCAGACACCCUGUUUCUUGUCUUGAAAGAUGUUUAUGACAGUCAUAAAUCACAACUGUCAUAAGCCAAAAGUCAUCGACUAAAUGAAUUCAAGACUACUAUGAGGAUUGUCUGUAGAUAAAGGAACUGGUAUCUAUGUGUGCAUCUAUGAAAAGAUGGGAAAGGGGGUGUAUCAGAAAGUGUCAAUCUGGCAUGAUAUAAAUGGUAUAGAAUAAAGCAGAGGAUACUCUCCAGGUUCCAGCUGGGAGUUAAUUUUCUUCCUAGUAGCUGGUACAGAGCUGUUUUUUUUUAAAUUAGUACAAGAACAAUGCCAAUAGCACACUAAUGUUUCAGUUGUUGCUCAGCAGUACUUACCCUGAGUCAGACACUUCAGUGUCUCAUGCUCUGCCAGCGAGGUGCUCAAGCCAUGGGGAAACAGGGCCAGGACCCUGACCUGAAGUGGCCAAAGGGAUAGAUAACAUCAUGCCUAGUAUAUAAACUGGGGGGGAAGUUGGCUGGGAGGGCCAUUUGCUGCUGGGGAACAGGCUGGGCAUCAGUCAGCAAGCAGAGAUGAGCACUUGUGCUGUGCAUCACUUGUGCUUCUCAGGUUCUCUCUCCCUCCUUCCCUCAUUAUCACUUUGGUUCAAUUAUUUAAAGAGUGUUAUUUCCAAUUCCCUUCACUACAGUAGGGGGAAGGGACACGGUGAGUCAGAGGCUGUGGAAUGCUUAGUUGCCAGCUGGGGUUAAACCACAACACUAAGGGAUCUUUUGACCUCUGCUCUGUAAAUACUGUUUCCAUGUCUUACAUGCUGAAAGUAAAAGCUACCAAAACCUAGCUGUUAUAGCAUAAAAAAAAAAAAAAAAAACCCAAAAAAACUUAAAGACAAAUUAACUUGUAUAUUCAAUUUAGUUCUGUGUGAAAGCUUCUCAUUUUUUUUGUAUGUACAUGCAGCAAUGCAAGAUUCAUUCCUGCAGCUUGGAAUAAUGUAUUCAAAUAACCUUCAUAGAUGACCUCACUACGUGUCUCAGACAUUGUCAGGGCUCAAUUUCUCCUGCAAUUCUGAUUUACUAGGACUUAGGGAUGAUUUUGGCAAAUCUGAUCCAAUUUCAAAAUGUGUAGCUGUGCAGAAAUAAACUCACUAUGCUGACAAAAUAAAUCUUCCUGUAAUUAAAGCUUAA